UGACGGCAUCGCAUCAGUUUCAGUUUCCAUUUCCUCUCCAUAAAAGCACAGACCUAAGGGCCAGAGCCAGGGCUUGGAAACCUCAUCGGCACUCGCUUGCUAUCCACCAGCAGAACAGAACAUCAGCCUGGACCCCAGCUUCUCAGAAUCCAGGGACACAGCCAUCAUGAGUGAGGUCAACAAGAACUCUCUGGAGAAAAUCCUUCCACAGCUGAAAUGCCAUUUCACAUGGAAAUUACUUAAGGAAGAAAGUGUCUCCCAUGAUCUAGAAAAUAGAGUGUGUAACCAGAUUGAAUUUUUAAACACUGAGUUCAAAGCUACAAUGUACAACUUGCUGGCCUACAUAAAACACCUAGAUGGUCAGAACGAGGAGGCGCUGGAAUGCUUGCGGCAAGCUGAAGAGUUAAUCCAGCAGCAGUACCCUGACCAAGCAGAAAUCCGAAGCCUGGUCACCUGGGGCAACUAUGCCUGGGUCUACUAUCACAUGGACAGACUCUCAGAAGCUCAAGUCUACGUAGACAAGGUGAAACAAGUGUGUGAGAAGUUUUCAAAUCCUUACAGCAUUGAGUGUCCUGAGCUUGACUCUGAGGAAGGGUGGACCCUGCUACAGUGCGGAGCAAAGCGAAAUGAAAGGGUGAAGGCGUGUUUUGAGAAAGCUCUAGAAGAGAAACCCAACAACCCAGAAUUCUCCACGGGGCUGGCAAUCGCCAUGUACCGUCUGGAUGAUAAACCACCGAAGCAGUUCUGUGUCAGUGUUCUGAAGCAGGCCAUUGAGCUCAACCCCGACAAUCAGUACGUCAAAGUUCUCUUGGGCCUGAAAUUGCAAAAGAUAAAUCAAGAAGCUGAAGGGGGGCUGUUGAUAGAAGAGGCCUUGGAGAAAGCUCCUGGCCAAACAGAUGUCCUCCGCAGUGCAGCCAAAUUUUACCAAAGAAAAGGUGAUCUAGACAAAGCAAUUGAACUGUUUCAAAAGGUGUUGGAAUCCUUGCCCAACAAUGCCUACAUCUAUCGCCAGAUCGCAUGCUGCUAUCGGGCAAAAGAGAAACAAAUGCAGAGCACAGAGGACUCUGAAGCUGGUGGGAAUAGAGAGAAGAUGGAAGAACUACGGAAAUCUGCUAUGGACUAUUCAAAUAAAGCUAUCGAGAAGGGACUGAAUCCUCUGUAUGUAUAUUCUGAUCUCACUGAGCUGGAAUCAGAAGAAUGUUAUCAGACAGCUUUUGAUAAGGCGGAGAGAAAACAACUGCAUCAGGGCUAUUCCAACUCUCAGGAGCAAAAUGGGAAGUCUGAAGACACUCCUGUCCAGCAUCAUUUAAGCACAAAAUCUACUGCGAAUGGAGCUGAAGGGCAGCUUCCACGGAAUUCUUGGUAUCUCCAAGGAUUAACUCACAAGCUGAAUGGAGAUCUGCUGCGAGCAGCUGAAUGUUUUGAGAAGGAACUGGGCCACCUCCUGAGGAACAGCCCUUCCGGCAUAAGCAGUUUUUUCCUGCCAGCAGAGGAGCUUGAAGAAGGCAGAGAGGAAGUGGGCCAGGGCGCAGGCAGCUCCACUCUAAGCAAGCUCUCUGAUCCCUCAGCUGACACAGAGGAGUGAAAGGAACAGAGAGGGGGAAGCCUGGAUUGGUGGUUGUGAGAGGGAGAAGGUUGGAAAGGCAGGAGUUCCCUAAUCUGAGUUUGAUGAGCAAGGUGGUCUUGUUUAUGGUUUUCCGGUACAUGGUUAGAGAGUUGUUUUCUCAUGUCUAUGUCUGUCUCCCUUGUUCUAUACCAGCCACACUCAGUUGUCUUGUAACAUAUGACACCCAGGAACAGCACUUCAGCCCUGGGAGAUGUGAUUAUCUCAGUUUGCACUCAGUUCACCAGAAAUCCCCCGUUUCUGCCCUGCUUGCCAAGGGUCAUAGCUGGUAGACUGCCUACCAACAGAAUCUCACCUCCUCACCCCAUUACUGUUUAACCUUCUGGGCCUCCUAGAAGACUAGCUUUUGACUAACCCUGCAAUUUACCUUCCAUGUUGUGCUUGACCUCAGCCAUGUAUAUAUAUGUAUUUUUGAUAGUGUUACUAUAGUAAAUACUAGUAUGUAUUGUUGCUAGUAAUGCUACAAUAAAUGUCAAAAUUUCUACUCAGGAUA